AUGGAGGUCAAAACAGGUCCAAAGCAGAGGUACCAGAGGGCAGAGGCAGGUUCGGAGGUCCAAGUAGAAAGCGGGGUCAAGACGAGGCAGCAAUCAGGCGAGACGGGUACUCUGGAUAACAGGAGCUCAGACGAGCAGCUUCAGAGGCUUUUGUCUUUUUUGUCUUCAGGUUGGCCCUUCUCCAACACGGUCUGUAAGAUGAGUGGUUUUGUGCAGGGCGUCUCUGUGUCGGCAUCGGUCUUCACCCUGGUGGCCAUCGCUGUCGAAAGGUUUCGCUGCAUAGUUUACCCUCUACAGCCCAAGCUGACUCUGCUCGUCGCCAAGGUGGCCAUAGUGUCAAUCUGGGUGUUGGCGGUGGUGAUCCUGUGUCCGGCUGCAGUGGCCCUCACGGUGGAGAAGGUCCCGUUCCAUUACAUGGUGCACAACAACGACUUCAAUCAGACCGUGCCUUUGUACACCUGCUACGAAAACUUUGCCAAUCCACAGAUGAGGAAAAUCUACACCGCGGUUCUCUUUGCCCACAUCUACCUGCUGCCCCUGGCAGUCAUCACACUGAUGUACAUCAGCAUCGGAGUCAAACUGUGCUCCUCUGUGGUCGCAAACAGGGAACCGCAACUGGCCAACACCAGGAGACACGGUCAGCAAAUGGUGUCACAGAAAAAGAUCAAGGUGGUGAAGAUGCUAGUGGUGGUGACUUUGCUUUUCAUGGUGUCGUGGCUGCCACUCUGGACACUGAUGAUGAUGACAGACUAUGGAGGCUUGGACAGGGAGCAACUGGACCUCCUGACAAGCUACAUCUUUCCGUUCGCCCACUGGCUCGCUUUCUCCAACUCUAGUGUGAACCCCAUCGUCUAUGGAUACUACAACAAAAACUUUAAGAGGGGUUUCCAGUCAGUUUGUAAGUCCAGGCCCUUCUGUUGCAACUUGCAACUGAAAAGCAGGAUGGCCAGGUGGGGCAGGAAUGGGCGGUCCGAGCAAGCGCCUUUUGAUGGCACUGAUUUACGAGAUGGCACAAACAGCCACAACAACUUUGUGUUGGGACUUCGAAACCGCGUACACAAUGACAACAAGUUGAACGACGCGCCGGAAGGGAACAGGGGAAUGAGGAUGGGGUGUGUGAUGGUUCACUCGGGUGGAAACUCUUCAGAUCAGGGGUUAGAACUGGCGCCUAUACACAAGAAGAGCAGCACCGCAGACGGCUCCGAAAAGGUCACCUCAAUGGCAGUUUCGGUUUAUCAGGCAUGGGAUGAUUGAGCAUCAACACAACCAAAAGAAACUGAACAAAGCCAUCAAGAUUUGGGAGGAAGGAACAGCUUUCUGUACAAAUGGGAGCAUCUCAUCUUCAACACCGCUGAAGCACAAGGCACAUUCUCACUCCGAAGUCGUCACAUAUUGACGUUCGGGUAACUCUUGUGCUAUCCUAGGUAUCUGGACCCCCACGAGACAGCACACUGAACUUUUUUUGUUCAGUGAUUUUCGAUUUUCACUGGUGUCAAUGGAAGACAUGAACUCCUGUCCACCUUCGUCCACAUUUGUCAAAACACGUCAACGUAAGGCAGGGGUCAUCUGGACCCCAUAAGAUAGCACAAGGGUUAAGGACGUUUUGGGUGUCCCUAAGU